UCACACUCACUAGUCGUUCUAUGGAUGAAGGCGAAUGGGAGCAUUUAUUUCACCAGGAUUUAUGUUCAUCUAUGCAGCAAUUUAUGGACUAUGCGAAUGACAUUUAGAGCAGCCCCUGAACUGGGUUACGAUGAGCUCAGUGUGUAUAUGAUUUAAUUUUGUGUUUCACAGACCGGUGUUAUAUUAUUAGGGUAUAGUAAUCUAAGACUAGGACGUUAUUUACAUCAAGUCCCUUCGCAGAAUGAACAUGGAUGAAGACAACCGAGUGCCUGAAGAUCUCUCACUUGAAGAGAGAGAUGAACUGUCCAACAUUAGACGAAGGAAAAAAGAGCUGUUAGAUGACAUUGAGCGGUUAAAGUUUGAGAUCUCAGAAGUCAUGACAGAGAUCGAACAUUUAACGUGUGUCAGAGAGACCAAAAGCACUCAGAGGAACAAGCAGAUUGCUGUCGGAAGAAAGAAAUUCAAUAUGGAUCCUAAAAAGGGAAUCCAAUUUCUUUUGGAGAAUGAUCUUCUGCAGCACACACCUGAGGACAUCGCACAGUUCCUCUAUAAAGGCGAAGGCUUAAACAAAACUGUCAUAGGAGAUUAUUUAGGGGAACGAGAUGACUUCAACAUUAAGGUUUUGCAGGCGUUCGUGGAGCUUCAUGAGUUUGCUGAUCUCAACCUGGUGCAAGCAUUGAGGCAGUUUUUGUGGAGUUUCAGACUUCCUGGUGAAGCACAGAAAAUUGAUCGAAUGAUGGAGGCCUUUGCUUCUCGAUAUUGCCAGUGCAACCCAGGUGUCUUUCAGUCCACAGACACAUGCUAUGUUCUCUCGUUCUCCGUUAUCAUGCUCAACACCAGCUUGCACAACCCUAAUGUCAGAGACAAGCCCACGGUGGAAAGGUUCAUAUCCAUGAAUCGGGGCAUCAACGAGGGAGGAGAUCUGCCUGAGGAGCUGCUCAGAAAUUUAUAUGAAAGCAUUAAGAAUGAGCCUUUCAAAAUUCCUGAAGACGAUGGGAAUGAUCUGACUCACACAUUCUUUAAUCCGGACAGAGAAGGAUGGCUGCUAAAACUAGGGGGAAGAGUAAAGACCUGGAAGAGGAGGUGGUUCAUUUUGACAGACAACUGUCUGUAUUACUUUGAAUAUACAACAGACAAAGAGCCUCGGGGGAUCAUUCCACUGGAGAAUCUUAGUAUAAGAGAGGUGGAGGAGCCAAGAAAACCAAAUUGCUUUGAGCUCUACAACUCCAGUCAUAAGGGGCAGGUAAUUAAGGCAUGCAAGACGGAGGCUGAUGGGAAGGUUGUGGAGGGGAAUCACGUGGUUUACAGAAUAUCCGCACCCACGCCGGAGGAGAAAGAAGAGUGGAUCAAAUCCAUCAAGGCAAGCAUUAGCAGGGAUCCUUUCUACGACAUGUUGGCUACUAGGAAACGGCGAGUGGCAUCUAAAAAGUGAGCUGUAGACCUUUCGAGUUCGGGUUUAAUAAUCACUCUUCAAGGGGAAACCUUCACAUGGAAUCCUGAAUGUUGCAGGAGGUGACAGACAGAGACAUGAACUCUCUGAGGAUAAAGAAGGACAAGAUUUUUAAAAUGAUGGGUCUGUAUAGGUCCUGAGGUAAUGUAAGGGAUGUGUACUAAAUAUUUCUCUCCAAAUGGAUUAUAUGCGGAAAACAAUGAUGGUGAUAAUGCAAUUAUAUACUGAAUGUGUGUUUGUUCAGAAAGAACUUUGCUUUAAGAGUGAUGAAUGAUUCGACUACGCUAAUAUAGAGUAAGUAGCGCCCCCUGCUGCUUACAACAGGAACUGCUAUCGCAAAUUUCCAGGUAUAGUUGCAUGGAGAUGUUCUCAAGUCAAAAGUCUAAAUUUUAAGCUCUGGUAAUAUUUACAUGUUGAUGAAAUGUAUGUAAAGUAUACCAAACUGCUGGUGAUGUCAAUUCAGAAGUAGUCUAUGAAUACAGAAAAUAGAUUGAUAUGGCAGGGAUUCAUGCUGAAUAAUUUUUAGUGCUAUGGUAUAAUAUCAAAUAUUGUCUUAAUUGCAUCAGUAGUUUUAAAUGGUUUUAUUUUCAUUUGUGUCAUAUCAUUAUCAUCCAAAUCAGCCGGACUGGUUGCAUUAAUUGGAAGAGAAAAUUAUUCAUAUUAUAUUUAUUAUGUUUCUAAGGUCCUUAAUAAGCCUAGUAUUAUAUAAAUUACUGUAAAAAUAAAUUUUUGACGUUCUCUUAAUAUGCUAACAUUAUUAUGUUUUUAGAAUAAUGCAAACUCUAUACUCUACACCCGUUUGUAUUCACCUUUUGAUUUAAAUUGUUGCUAAUAUAAGUUAAUAUAAGUAUUUUGUUGUAUUUAUGUAAUAAUACCAAUGUGAACCUAUUGUUUUGUUUUUACUAUGUUUGUAAAUAACACACACACACACACAAAUAAUAUCACAAAAUUAUUUUUAUUAUUUGGAAACUAUUUUAACUUUUUAUUAUUUUAACUAUUUUGGAAACACCAUGGAUCUAAAAACUGAUGUAUAUGCAAUUUUUAUAUACAGCUAUUCAGCUGAGAUCUUUUAAGCGAAGGCUGUAUGGCUCUGUAAACAUGAAACUCAUUAUUUCUCAUAGUUUAUUGCAAAGUGUAAAGGAAAUACUCAUAGAUACACUGCGAAAAGAUUCAUUAAUCAAUAUGAUUUACAUUGAAUUAACAACGGUCCACUGUCAUCACUGUCCAGUUCUAUGUAGGACAGCAAUACUAAUCAUAGUGAAAUAUAGGGAAUACAUUUUAUGACACAUAAAUUCAAGAAACAAUGAGGCCUCCUUUUCUAAGUUUACCUGUUAAGACAUAGACAAAACCAUAGCGAUAUGCAACCAAACCCAUCUGAAAUUUAAGGCUUAAAAUCGAAUACCUGUAUAAUUUUAUGGAAAGUUUUUGGAUUAUAAUAGUUAAUAAGUAAAAUAUUGUCACUUGUAUUCUGUUUAACAUUUCUAUGGUAAAUAUGCAGCAUGCUCUAAAGACUGUAUUUCAGAACCCUGCGUGUCAGUAAAGAGUAAUUCAGAUAUCUCAGAUGAAACAGGUUUGUCAUUACUGUCGAUGAAGCCACUGGCCCUGAACUCAUGACCUCAGCAACUGACCUAAUAAAACAUUUUUUAUGUUGAGAUUCUGCAAGGAUUUGACUUCAUUAAGAGAAGGACACAGCAGCUAUUUCUCCAAUUAUUCUUGAGCUGCUUGUGCUGUAUUGUACCGUCCUACAUCUCACUGUAACAGGUACCGCUGCAGCCCUCCACUAAAUUGAAGGUCACCGCCUACUUGUGGCUCCUCCCACUUUGUGGUCUCCAGGCUACAAAGAUGAGGCGGUGUACACCAGGGAUCAAGGUAAAUGGUAGAUGCUGUAAUUACACCAUAGUUUGUUUUGUUUUUUAUUCCCAAGCAAUAUUCAGUGUCCACCACUAAUAUUUGUUCAGUUAGUAAAUAUGAGCCAACCGACUGAAGAAUGUCUUUACUGUUUAUCCUGUCUUUUAUUCAAAACACUCACAAAAAUCGCACCCUCAAUCACAGCUAAAUUAUUGAAAAUAAAUUAUUAAAAAAUACUGUUCAACCUCUUUUUGUCAAGAUUAGAGUUCUGAGUCUUCUUGAAGAACAUGUGGCAAGGGAUGCCAUAAUUUUUUUCAUACAGAAUCUUUAAAUCACUAAACGAACCAUUUUGCUCAUAUUAAUAACGGAUCCCAAUAUUAUUAGCUGAGGGAAUUAAUGUUUUUUUUUCUUUUUCUUAUGUACUUAGGGAGCCAUGUUGCAUCAGUAGUGAAAAGAUUAAACAUUUUGC